CCCCCCCCCCAGAUCUCUCUGCCUCCUCCCCCCGGGCUGAGAUCUCUGUCUUCUGAAAACCAUCUCUGCACAUGCUAGCCCCAGGUCAGGCUGCAGACAACCAAAAGCUAUUCCAAGGAGAGAGCCUGGAGCCAGAGAGAAUGACCCCGGGGACCCAGAGACCCCCAUCCCAGGAGUUGGUGACAUUCAAGGAUGUGGCUGUGGAUUUCACCCAGGAGGAGUGGCGCCUCUUGGACCAUCCUCAGAGAGAGCUGUACAAGGAGGUCAUGCUGGAGAAUGUCCAGAACCUGCUCUCUGUGGGACUUCCAGUUUCUAGAGAAGAUUUGAGCUCUCCUUUCCAGGGAGGGGAAUCACCAGGGAUGGUAGGGCACAAAGGUCCAAGGAUCUCCUGUCUAGGUGGAGAGACUAGGUUGGAAGUGAAGAAGAUGGCUACAACGGUGAACAUUUCCGUGGAAGAAUUUGGCCAGCAUGGAUUUGAGAGUGAUGGUGCCUGGAACUUCAAUUUGAAAGAAAUCUGUGACUCUGAAAGCAAGCUGGGUAAGAGUAUCUGUGAGUUUGGUGAAAUCGAAAAGCCACUCACACAUUCUUCAGUCUUAAAUAACAGGAAGAGAAGGGCUUCAUGGAAUGAAUAUUUUCAGGAGAGUGAAGAUAAUAAAUGGUUUCCUCAACAACUAGAGCCUUUUAAGGCCCAGAACAAGUUUCAUCAAAUGCUAAAGUACAAAGGUAAUCAUCUGGAAAUGGCCUUGAAUUUGAAUUCUGCUCUCAUUGGACAUCAGAAAAGUGACAGAAGUGGGAAGGGCUUCAGUCAGAGCUCUAAGUUCAUUACUCUACAGACAAUUCACAUUAGAAGGGAGCCUAUUGAAUACAAUGAAUGUAAAGCAACCUCAUCGGAUCAAUCGUAUCUUCCUUGGCAUGCUAAGUUUUAUGAUGGAAGGAGAAGACAUGCAGUUGAUUGUUGUGGAUUGGCCUUUGGUUUGAACUCAGAUCUUAUAAGGCAUCACAACAUUCACAUUGGAAAAACGUUUUAUAAAUGUAAUCAGUGUGGAAAGACUUUCACAAAGAGCUCCCAUCUUGUUGUCCAUCAGAGAAUUCAUACUGGAGAGAAAUCUUAUGAAUGUAAUCAGUGUGGUAAGGCUUUCACAAAGAGGUUCAAUCUUACUCAGCAUCAAAGAAUCCACACUGGAGAGAAACCUUUUGAAUGUAAUCAGUGUGGAAAGGCUUUCACAAAGAGCUCCCAUCUUGCUGCCCAUCAGAGAAUCCACACUGGAGAGAGACCUUAUGAAUGUAAUCAGUGUGGAAAGGCUUUUACACAGAGCUCCAGUCUUGCUGCACAUCAGAGAAUCCACACCGGAGAGAAACCUUAUGAAUGUUAUCAGUGUGGAAAGGCUUUCACAGAGAGAUCCACUCUUGCUAAGCAUCAGAGAAUGCACACUGGAGAGAAACCUUAUGAAUGUUAUCAGUGUGGAAAGGCUUUCACAAUAACCUCCCAUCUUGCAGCACAUCAGAGAAUCCACACUGGAGACAAACCUUAUGAAUGUAAUCAGUGUGGAAAGACUUUCUCACAGAGAUGCAAUCUUGCUAAGCAUCAGAGAAUGCACACUGGAGAGAAACCUUAUGAAUGUAAUCAGUGUGGAAAGACUUUCUCACAGAGAUGCAUUCUUGCUAAGCAUCAGAGAAUCCACACUGGAGAGAAACCUUAUGAAUGUAAUCAGUGUGGAAAGGCUUUCAUAGAGAGGUUCAGUCUUGCUGUACAUCAGAGAAUCCACACUGGAGAGAAACCUUUUGAAUGUAAUCAGUGUGGAAAGGCUUUCACAGCAAGGUCCAGGCUUGCUGCCCAUCAGAGAAUCCACAGUGGAGAGAAACCUUAUGAAUGUAAUCAAUGUGGAAAGGUUUUCAUAGAGAGGUUCAGUCUUGCUGUACAUCAGAGAAUCCACACUGGAGAGAAACCUUUUGAAUGUAAUCAGUGUGGAAAGGCUUUCACAGCGAGGUCCAGGCUUGCUGCCCAUCAGAGAAUCCACACUAGAGAGAAACCUUAUGAAUGCAAUCAGUGUGGAAAGGUUUUUAUAGAGAGGUUCAGUCUUACUGUACAUCAGAGAAUCCAUACUGGAGAGAAACCUUUUGAAUGUAAUCAGAGUGUAAAGGCUUUCAAACAGAGCUCCCAUCUUGCAGCACGUCAGAGAAUCCACACUGGAGGGAAACCUUAUGAAUGUAAUCAGUGUGGAAAAACUUUCACAAUAAGCUCCAGUCUUGUUUGCCAUCAGAGAAUCCACACUGGCGAGAAACCUUAUGAAUGUAAUCAGUGUGGAAAGGCUUUCAAACAGAGCUCCCAUCUUGUAGCACAUCAGAGAAUCCACACUGGCGAGAAACCUUAUGAAUGUAAUCAUUGUGGAAAGGCUUUCACAGCGAGGUCCACUCUUGCUGCCCAUCAGAGAAUCCACACUGGAGAGAAACCUUUUGAAUGUAGUCAGUGUGGAAAGGCUUUCACAAAGAGGCUGGCCCAGGAACCAGGUCCCCUGCGGAAAUCUACAACUGUGACGCCCAGAUUCCCAGCAUGCCUUGGGCUCUGCAGAGGCCACAGGAAAAGUCCCCCCCUCUCAACAUGGGUGACGUCAUGGUACAGUCAUUCUGGGAAAUGUAGUCCGCACGUGUGGCGCCGCUGCCUGGACCUGGCCAGAAGGCCCCGGGGGGCGUAUCUCUCCGCCUCCUCCCCCCGGGCUGAGAUCUCUGUCUUCUGA